AUGAUCACCACCACCAUUAAAGCAUCCAAAGAGUUCAAUGUUGGAGAUGAUUCAGGUUGGCAAGUCCUACAAAAGAACAACUCAAACAUGUAUCUCAAAUGGGCUGAUAAGAAUACAUUCCAUGUUGGUGAUUCACUUGUGUUCAAGUAUCAGAACAAUUCAGUUGUGAUGGUGGACAAGAGAGGAUACUAUCACUGCAACCAUAGUUCUCAUGAUCGAGUUUUCGAAGACGGUAAUACCGUAUUUGUGCUCGAUAAACCGGGUUUUUAUUACUUUGAGAGUGGUGACUUCCAACAUUGCAAGAAUGGGCAGAGAUUGAUGAUCAAUGUCAAGGAUUCUAAUUUUAAAGUUUCAAGCUUUGGAGUCUCUUCUAGUGUUAGUCCUUUUCUUGUUCUUAUAGUCUUUAUAAGCACUGUCACUGGCCUUGAUCUUAUUCAUGCCAAGACUCAUUAG